AGCAACUUCCAACUGGCAAAGACUGCAGCGGAGUGGCAGUGGUCAGGCACAGCUAACGUUGGUCUCUUUAAGUUCUGUCUUUAACUCGGUUUUCAGUCCAGGUAACGGUUAACAAGCCGUACGCGUAUUUUGGUUGGUCCACGAUGACCGUGUGGUUACUUCCACCACACCAAACGCGAAGUUAAUCAAACUGUAGACUUGCUUGUAAUGUCAACAUUAGCUUAACUAGCUUGCUGCACUAGUUGUGAAUGCUAGUUAGAUAAAGCUAGAUUCCGACCCAUGCGAUGCGUACUUAUCUGAAACUUAAAAUAACCACCGUUAACCAUCAUAUAAUUUAUGUUUAGUCUAAGGUGGGUUUGGUAGCAAAAAAACAGUUUAAUUUCUUAGCUGUAAUCCAACGUUACAAAAUGCCGUUGGGCUUUCAUUUCCUGUUGAUUCCGCAAACAACCAUACUUCCGAGAUUAACAUACGGGUCGUGAGUUGGGACAAUCUUAAGCGUUUCAGCUGCAUGGGUGUCUGUUAAAGAAUGACGCUUCCUGGUCAAUAAUUGCACAUAGAGCGUUAAUGGUAAUCAAUAUCUCAUACAUGUAGCAGUUUAUUGUUAUCUUUCCAAUUGAUUUAGUUAUAUAUAAAACAAACAGUUUGGCAUUUAUGUGGAUCACCGGAUAUGUGCUCAACUCCCUCCUUCCGUCGAAGUGCGUCACACAAAGCAGAGAGACCGCUGGCCACGACGGGAAGGAGCCAUGUUGAGUUAGCUCCUAAAGCCAUGUUUUUUUAAUAACGACACAGUAAAUGUACUCGUAAAAGUGGACUCAUACCUAAACUCAGACGAACGGUAAACCAUACCAAAAUGUCGGCGGACGAUUUUCAGACAAAGUACUCCUCUGUCAUGGAGAGUAUGCUCAAGAGCGCAAUCGCGGAGACCACGAAACUUUUCGAAACUAUGGUCGACGAGCUGAAGGCAGAAAUAUCUCGGGUGAAGAAGGAGAACGAGGGCCUCAAAAUAAGAUGUAGCCAUUUUGAGAAUGCGAGAAACCAACCUACUGUUCACAGCAGAGAGAGGGAUCCUCUCCACGGGCCUAGCGACGGCUCUGAGAAACGUGACCGAGCUGUUCAAUGUGACCUUGUUCCUCUCCGCACAACGCUGGUGGAGCAAUGUCAACCACUGCACUCAUCAUUGCAAAACCAAGAGCAACAAUGCAGUUAUGAGCAGAUGGAGUACAGUUUGCAGGACCACACCUAUGGAGAGGGAACUACUCAAAUGACCUUUAUACUUGUCAAACAGGAGGACUCUUAUGAUGAUUCUUCUCAGCAGUCUGUCCUGAAGCAAGAGGAAGAUGAAGCCCUUGUCUGUGGGCAAGUCUUGAGUGAAAAAGCAGGUUCACCACAGGCCUCUGAAAAUGAAGGGAUCUUGGAGUUGCCCUAUUUGGGAAUGGAUAGCGGUUUACAAGGAGCUCAGAACCAAUCUUCUGAAUUAGAGCAUUCACAAGUCCUCUCACUCGCUGCAAUAAAAGACAACAUGGAAGAAGUGUCUGAAGUCAGUGAGAAGGAAAAACUCCCAUUGGUAGUUGCUCAGCAUCAAUCAGAGGUUGAAUCCCUUGAAAAAGAGCAACCAUUGGUGAAACACCAACAAUGUCAAAGAGAGAUUGAAGUGUCAGUAAGUGAACAGGCUGACGCUCAGCAACAUGCAGAUGUGGAAUCUACAGAACAACAGCUGUCACAGCUUACACCGCUCAAGAAAGGAAAAACAUGUGAAGAAUUAAAAAGUAGUGUGACACAAAAUGAGGCUAGUCGCCAGCCUGAGUUGUCAGUACAACGUAGAAGAGGACGGCCACCAAAGAAAGCUAAAAAUCUGCAGCGUCCAGUGAAAGAAAUUGGUUCUCUCACUGUUUCAGAAGUAUCUUUAAGUAAAAUAUGUUCCUCUGAAAAGGAAAAACCAUCUGAAUCUCAACAACCUUCCACGGAAAUGGAAAAAGGGGCCAUUAAGGGUCCAUUCACUGACGUUUCAUCUGCAAAUGAAACACUAAACACUCCAAAUGUUCAGCCCAGAGAACGCCGCAGCUCUGUUACUCUUCAGGAUGCAAUACUAUUAGUUGAAGCCAUGAAUCAGUCAACAGCUGAAGAUACAGUGACAUCUUCUCAACGAACGGCAGCACCACCUCAAACCCAGUGUGUGGGUACUUUAGAGACCGUGGACGAGAUCCCAGCAGAGCCUGCACAAUUGACAAAAGAGAAACUUGGUAGCGCUCUUGUGACAUUAGAUGCCACCGUAACUAAUGAAGCUCAGGCCCACAUCAAGGUUGUCCUGCCAAAACAACAGCAUACAGUCACUCCAACCAAUACGACAUCAUUAACUGCUGCAGUUCCAACAAGUGUACGGUCACUGCAGCAGCACCCUCCUCCCCGUCCUCUGAUAACGUCGGUAGCACCCAGCAAACCUGUUAAGGCGGUACCUUAUAAAAUAGUUUUCAUGCCAGGUUCAGUAUCCUCAUUAAUACGCCGUAAAAUAGAAGCACUGUCACCAACCCAGCUUCCUACUGUUGUGUCAACAGUUGUUGCUGCACAGAAAAAUAGUGAACUUCUCAAAACACCUCCACUUUCCUCUGUUCCUCCAAAAACAACACACAUUACGUCCAGGAAAUCGCUUCCUGUUGUCCCGUCACAGUCAACCACCACCUUGACUGACCUGCAGUCAGGGACUUUACCGCGUCCAAAAAUAACAAUUAUAGUUCCGAGACAGGCGUCAGCUGUGGCAUCAAGUAAACGCCAGUCACAGACAAUUGUUCCGACAGCCACGCAAGAGUCCACAAAAUCAGCUGCUGUUAUGGUGUCAUCGCCUUCAUCGCAGGAGUUAAGCAUUUCUGUGGAUACACAAACAGUUUUAGAUGAAGUAGCCGCAAUAUCGUCUCAAAAGAAGUAUAAAACAUUGUACAACAUUCCCAAACAAACUGCCUCUGUUUCUGAACCGGUAAAUGCAUCUCCAGAAACCUGUUCCAGUUCAAACAUGUCAGUUGGGCUAGUGCCAACCUCUGUGUCUCCAGUUGUACCACCGAGUGUAAACCAAAAACUCUCUGCUGUGGUCAGAUUAACCAGGCUCCCAUUUCCAGUAUCGGCCAAAGAAGCAGUCUUAGUCUCAAGACUGCCUACAGAUGGAUCUCCUGAAAGUCAAUCCAUUUUGAAAGAAGAUACCACACAAGAGAAACCUUCAUCUGUUGUCAUAUCAACACGGCCAUCAGAGAAGCUUGUGUUAUCCACUGACAUUUGUCCCAGUUUAAAAGAAAGUUCUGUUGUGUUGCUUGUAAAUGCCUCUCAGAUGUCAGAAGAGCCAAAUGACAUUCAAGAGAAGGCAUCGUUAUCCUGUGAAAACUGCGUCAUUUUGGAAGAAGAUUCUCCUGACAGCAGGCCAUCUACACCAUCCAAGGUGUCGGCACCAGUCGUUGAGAACUCCCCAAAAGUCAUCAACAAGACUGAACAACCAGCUCUAAAGGGUACAGCGGGUGAACCUGCUUAUAAUUCUGAUGAGGAGAUAAUCAGCAUUGCAGUGCAAGAUUUUGCAUCAUCUAAUGACCCACCUAUGGAAGAGGAAGAAUCGGCUGCCCUAAUACAUCUAACCCCCAUCACCACCAAGGACACAUCUGAUCCUCAUUUGCAGAUGUCUAAAGCCCAGUUCCUGGCGCAGCUGGCAGUGACACCUGUACCGGAAGAACCAAAACAGGUCUCCUCUGACGACUCGGUAAAGGCCACAGCUGCAGAGACCAGCACCAGUGAAAAGAAAAGGUUACAAAAAAAAUCCCUUGUAGCCCAACUCCGAAGUCAUCUCAAAACUCGCUUGCAAGCUAGAAGAACUGAAACUAAUUCAGAACCAUGCAAAGCAACAGAGACCCCCACUGUAAACCCUAAAAAAAGUAGGCUUGAGAAUGUAAGUCCAAAAAAUAAAGACACAACUAGAGAACCUAUACCCAUCAGCCCAAAAGACCCAGGAGCAGUUGAAGAUGUUGCAUUUCCUAAAAAGACAACUAAUGACCCCACUGCUGUUAGUCCUAGGAGAUCUGGACUACGCGAAGCGGAUGUUGGACCGAAGAAGAAUGUUAGUGAACCGUCUUUUAUCAGUUCUAGAAGGUUUAAGGCUGCUAGAAAAUCUGCUCCUGUGACUCCCAGGAAGUCUAGUUCAGGUGCACAUAGUGUAGGCUCCAAAACUAAAAAUUCCACUUCUGUGAGUCGUAGGGGGUCUACAGCAAUGGAAGAGAGUGCUAGCCCUAAAAAGACAAAGUCCACUUCUGUAAGUCCUAGGUCUAUCUCAAUUAAAGAACGUGCAAGCCCUAAAAAGACAAAGUCCACUUCUGUGAGUCCUAGGAUGUCUAGCUCAAUUAAAGAAAGUGCAAACCCUAAAAAGACAAAGUCCACUUCUGUGAGUCCUCGGAGGGCUAGCUCUAAAAAUACCAAAAACAUUUCUUUGAGUCCUAAGAGGACUAGUUCGAGUAGAGAUGAUGCUAUUCCUAAAAAAGCUAAAUCUGUGCGUCAAAAGACGUCAAGUUUAAGUAAAAAUGGUACUACAACUAAAGUGUCUGUUGAUGAAUCAUCUUCUUUUUGCCGUAGGAGGUGUACCUUACCUAAAAAUGGUUCUAGCAGUAAGAUGAAUAAAAGUGAAUCCAAUUCCUUCAGUCCUAGGUAUAGCAUAACUACAGACAGUGCUAGCAAUAAAAACACUAAGAGUGAAACGGGUUCCUCAAGUGUUAGGUGGCCUAAAUUGGCUAAAGAUUGUGUCAGUCCUAGAAAGACAAGGGAGUCCACUCCUGCUAAGAAACCCAGAUUAAUUCAAGAUGGUACUGGUCCUAAACAGAAAUUAAUAGUGGUGGAUGCUAAGAAGUUGGCUAAAGCGGCAAAAGCCAAAACAAUAGCUAAAUUGACAAAUUCUAGUCAAUCAAAAUUGCUGAAUGGAGCAAAACCAGGCCAGUUAGCAGAGAACCGUGCUAGCUGUGAGGCUGUGAGGAAAUGUACAGCUAAAGCGGUGUGGACUCCUCCUAGAAUUUCAGCCAGUAAAGCACCCAUGGCAGGGGGAAAGAAAGAGCCGCCGUUAUCACUUAGAUUGCACGAUCAUGCAUUUGUUUUCCCAGCCAGUGUUUCUCUCCUCCCUAUACCUGUCUCAGCACCACCUGUUGUAUCACCAUUACAGCCUUUAUCAGUCAUUGGUAGGAGACUGCUUAAGAACCAGUGUGGCGAGUGCGGCCGUGUCCUCAGCAGCGUUGCUGCCCUGGAAAGCCAUGUUAGUCUCCACGCAGGUCGGCGACCUUUCUCGUGCACGCUCUGUGGGAAGAGGUUCCCAGACUCAAAAGGUCUUAAACGGCAUGGCAGGGUGCACCGCAAUGGUAGGAUCCAUAUAUGUCAGCAGUGCGGGAAGGGCUUUGUCUACCGUUUCGGCCUCACCAAACACCUCCAGAUGGUGCACAGGAAGCUUAAACCUUUUAUCUGCCAGAUUUGCAACAAGGGGUUCUUCACAAAACGAGAUGUGGAAGCCCACAUACGGAUGCACACAGGAGAGAAACCAUUCCAUUGCAACCUCUGUGAAAAGAAAUUUGCAAGGAGGGUAGAACUAAAUGUGCAUUUAAGGUGGCAUAAUGGGGAGAAGAGACACUGGUGUCCAUUCUGUGGGAAAGGAUUUUUAGACUUCAAUAACCUGAAAAGGCACAAGUAUAUCCACACAGGGGAGAAACCUCAUUCCUGCCCCCACUGUCCCAAGAACUUCACACAGUCAGGCCACCUGAAAAAGCAUGUAAAAAAUGUACAUAAAGUACUAUGAGAGAUGGACAUCCAAGCUGCCACCCUGCUCCAGUGAGAAUGUCAAUGUAAUUAAGGAGAGAGAUCUAAAGUCUUGUAACAUGAGACUGCUUUUUGUGUAAAGAAUCUGAUGAGGAUUUGUUUUUUGUUUUGCUAUGUAAUGCCAAUAGAGAAUUUCAUUUCAUUUUAUUUUUCAUGAUGUGCGUAUCAAAGGGGGAUUUUGUUGUUUUGUGUUUAUGAAGACUCGAAUGAUUAGUUUGUCAUUUUAGGAAAUACGCGUUUUUGUUUUCUUUCCGAGAGUUGGAUGAGAAGAUUAGUAUCAAUGUCACGCUUCCGUGUGUGGAACGAGAGCAGGGAGGAGAUUGGAUGCAGGACCUGUAAAACUUUUUUUAAAUUGUACAAGGCAUGCAGAUACUAAAAAAAUCAUUCAAAACAUGUUCGUUGAAGAGCUUUGGAGGCCUUGGACUUAGCCAGGCUUGCCAGUUCCCUCUGCUCCCAAUUUCUCUGCUAUGCUAAGCUAAACCUAUUGUCUCUAUGCUCGGAGUGAUAAGUCUCACAGCUGUGCAUCAAAAGAACAAAUCUAUUUUUUUAAUUCUUUCUUUAGGGCACUUUAAGCCCAUUGCAUAGUGGAGACGUGAAUGAAGAUUUCUGACAAUGUCUUAAACUUUGGUCGGUUGUUAAGAAUACACACAUGCUAAAGUAGUCAUGUCCUCAGUAAAUGUGAUCUUGAGACUAAUGGUGCAUUUCAACCAUUCAUUUCUAGUUUGUUGAUUGAACAAGUGAUAUCAAAAGAUUUUGUUGCGUAAUUUAAAAAUGCAAAUGUUAAUCUGACACUAACCUCAAUAUAGCCUUUAUGAUGUACAUGAAACAGCUGUUUUGGAUAUGGGUUAUAGUGCAAACAUCUGCAUGACACAGUUUUACUGUCAUCAUUUUAAAAUAACCCCAGCAAAUAUGUUCAAAUCUCUUGCUGUUGUGAUAUCGCUUGAAUUGUUUUACUACCAAGCUCUAAAUGGUAGCGUAUACCUAUUAUCAAAAACGUUUAGAUCACCUCCUUUCACCACGUUAAAGUGACAUUCUGACAGCUGGAACAUGCAUAAGAAGUAUUUGUAAGUAUUGUUAUUUACUUCUAAAAACGUAAAUCGUAUGAAUGCAAUUACGAUUCAUUAUAUUGAAUUUUUUUCAUGACAUUGCCUUUCACUUCUGGUAACGAGGAUUUAUUGUACUGGUUGUGCAAUAAUGUUUAAAGAGCUGAGCAGAAGUCUCAUAUUGUCAUUGCGUCUAACAUUCUGCUGUAUUACAAGCGACAGAAUCGAUGUCAUUGCUUUGGUAAAUCCUAUUUCCAUCUUGUUUUUCCUUUUUCUAAAAGCGCUAACUUCAUUUAAACAGUUUUAGACAUCAAACCAUGUAAGAAUUUGUAAAUAUUCUGAAUUUACGUUUAUUUCAGUGCUAUUGAGAUGUAUAUUUUCUUGAUCCUGUCAUUUGAGAAAAGAGGUAAUAAAUGUAGAGGCGUCAAACUGA